UGGCGGCAAGCUGCGCGUCCACGGCGUGCGGACAGUAUGUUACUCUCACAUCCCCGCGGAGCCGCAAGCGCUGCGUUGUCUGCGUCGUCUCAAGGAGCGACCAAAUGUCCGUCGCAAGACUGGUUGGGGACUGCCGUGCCAGCGGAAUGGGCAUAUAUUGCUGAAGGGGGCGCCAAUGUAAUCUUUCGGUAUGCCGGUUCGUCGGAAUCGUUGGCUGGGUGGGUCAUGCGGGUGCGCAAACGAGGAGUGCAUGGCGCCCAUCCAAAGGACAUUGUCGACUUUGCUGAACAAAACAUUCCAUCAGGCUCGCGUGACGCGUACGUCCAAGUGGCGCGCGCGGCAAAAGUAGCACUGGAGUUCCUCGUUGGGUUGAAUGCGUUGCUCGAAUCCGCACACCGACCAACUCACCGCCGCGACACACCGCUGGACACGACACUGAUGUGGGUGUUGCUCUUACCAGACGUGACGUCUCCAGAGGUUGCGUCGCUGUGCAUCGAACUCAAACCCAAAAAUUCCAUUCUGCCGUCCACACCACACGUCCACCCCAUCAAGCGGUCGGUGUGCCGCUUCUGCAUGCACCAGCACUUGAAGCAGGCUCAAGGCAAGCUCUCUCAAUCGAGCCAGUACUGUCCAUUGGAUCUGUUUUCGAACGACAGGGGUCGCAUUGCUCGCGCACUGGCGUCCUUGACUGCCACGCCUCAGAAUAACCUGCGCGUGUUUUCAGCAGUCGCAACUCAAGGCGUUCUCUCAACGGACCAAGUCAUUCAAGCCCGUCGAAUGGACCUGCUUGUCGAGAUCCUACACUCUCAUGUGGGGCUGCUCGACGAUCUGAAAACCAUGCACGCGAAGGACGCCCUCGACGUCGAAGGCAUGUUUGCGUUGACGCAACUGCACGACGUGCUCGUGCCGCCCAUGGCACAUGCUUCCACUCUCACGACUUCGUCUGGGACGGAUCAGUUCGCGGCAAAGGAUUCCUUGCCCUUGAGGGAUGUUGUCGCAACGUUGUCAAGCGACAUGCAGCGUCAACUCGACAUGCACUUGCCCCACGCGAUCUCGACCAAGCUCGGAUGCUUUCGAGAGGACUGGACGGCGCUGUCGGUGGGGGAAUUCCUGAACCUCUACCGCGCGCUCCUCGACGACUUCUUUGUCGCCACAACGUUCAAGGACUGCUCUGUCUUUCUAUCUCUUCGACCCAUCUCGACCGCCACCUCAACUCCCCGUCACGCGCCGUUCCCUGGCGCGUGGCCGAUGCCUCGACACACCAUAUCGUGGGAGGGCGAGACCUAUGAAUUGGUCGUAGCAAUUGUCGACUUGGACAUCAAGUCGUACAAGCCCGUGGCUGCCUAUUUCCAUCUCGACCACACGAUUGUGGAAGCGUACGCGGUGCAUGUCGGCCAUUCGUCGUUGCAAUAACGAUAGCUUGACCACCCCCAUCGCUGCUGCUCUAACGAGAAGGCCGACGUCGCCCCGGCGAAACAACGCGCAGCGCUCUCACAUCUCCUCCACACGCUGUGGGUCCGACGACUCGAUAGCAAUAGGACGAUGAUUGAGUUGGGACAGACGUGUCGAGGUGCCGAC